CUACCAUCGCGAGCACUUAAUUCAAUGCAAAAAUUAAGCGCUUUAGAUUUCGAUUACAAUGAAAUUGAGAAAAUCGAAGAUUACAGCUUCUAUGGUUUGCGUCUGUCCAAGCUGAAUAUGAAAGGAAAUCGGCUGCAAAGUAUCCCCGAACAUGCCUUUGUGGGCUUGGAGGAGUCAAUGCAAGAAAUUGACUUAUCUGAAAAUAGUUUAAGAUCCUUCCCCAUGAUGGCCUUAAGGAAAUUAGAUUAUUUACGAAUUCUACGACUAUCGAAUAAUAAAAUUUCCACAUUUUAUGGUGAUAUCCAGCUGGUGACAAAUAAUGCAACGGCUGCUUCGACAUUACGACUGCCUUCGUUGACAUUUUUGGAUUUGAGUUCAAAUAAAUUCACCGAAAUUCUCGAUGAUUGUUUUCGUACAUUUCCCCAACUGAAAACGUUGUCAAUGUAUGCGAAUCAAAUUGAAACCGUGCAAGCGGAUGCAUUUAAAAGUCUAAAAGAAUUAAUGUCACUGGAUAUGUCACAUAAUCGUAUAAUAUCGUUGGAUUCGAAAAUAUUCGAUAAAAAUAAACGUUUGCAAACGGUGGAUUUAAGUCAUAAUCAUAUACAUUCGAUAAGUGGAGUGUUUUCGAAUUUACCCCAUUUGAGAGAAAUAUUUUUAUCGGAAAAUAAUAUUUUGGAACUGCCAGCAGAUGCUUUUACAAAUUCGUCAAAUGUGGAGGUGAUUUAUUUGGAAUAUAAUGCCAUUGCCCAUGUGGAUCCAAAUGUAUUUUCGUCGUUAGUUAAUUUGGAUCAUUUGUAUUUGAGGGCAAAUUUUAUACCUCUACUACCGGUUACAUUGUUGGAUAAGUGCCAGAAACUGAGUUCCCUCUCUUUGGAUGAUAAUGAAAUACAAGAUUUGGAAAUUGGUAUGUUUCGUAAAUUGGAAUUUCUGAGAGAGGUACGACUGCACAAUAAUCGUAUAAGGCGAAUAAGAAAGGGUGUGUUUGAACCCCUGCCUACCCUGCAGGAAUUGCAUGUCCAGAAAAAUAAUAUUGAAGAUAUUGAACCGGGAGCAUUUCAAACUUUGUAUAAUUUGCAACAUAUAAAUCUGCAAGAUAAUCAAUUGACCGUGUUGGAGGACAUCUUUCCCAAGGAUGCGAAUAAUUCCUCACUGCUGACCAUCCAAUUGGAGGCAAACUAUUUGAAUAAAAUUCAUGUGAAAACAUUUCGUCGACAGGAUAAAAUACAAAUUAUGUGGUUAAGUCACAAUGAAUUGGUACGUGUGGAGAAGUCCAUGUUUGAGGAUCAAGUUGACUUGGCCCGGUUGUAUUUAAAUCACAACUUCAUAAGGGAUAUAGAUCGUGACACCUUUGCUAAGCUGAAGAAUUUAAAAUUCCUCGAUAUGAGUUGGAAUCGUAUGAAACAAUUGAGGCGAGAUUAUUUUGCCGCCCUCAACAAUUUGGAGGAGUUGCUGCUGGCCCACAAUUUCAUUGAGGCAAUUGAAGGUUAUGCUUUUAAUAAAAUGAAAAAUCUCAAAAUCCUAGAUCUCUCACACAAUCCGCUGCAUCAAAUAACCAAUGAUGUGUUCAUGGAAGAUUUGGCGCUAACCCAUUUGAAUUUGAAAAAUACCUCUUUAAGGAAAAUCGAAAAUAAUACCUUUAAGUCGCUGCAAAACCUCAAUGAACUUAAUUUGGAGCUUAAUUAUUUGUUGCCGUCCGAUAUACAAAAAUUAGAGUUACCAGGUUUACGCACACUCUUUUUAUCGCACAAUAAUUUCACCAAUCACAUGGCCACAAUGGCCAGUAUGUUCGACAAGCUGAGAUCCAUACAACAUUUGACCAUGGCCAAUUGUUCUAUCAGCGCCUUGCCCGAGGAUAUGUUUAAUAAAAAUACCAAUCUGGUAAAAUUGGAUCUCUGUGAUAAUCAGCUGACGACCAUGAGCCGCAACCUCUUCAAUGGCCUGAAUGUUUUCAAGGAACUAAGGCUAUGUCGUAAUCAUUUAGUGGAAUUUCCUCAUGUGGCAUUGUACAAUUUGAGUACCCUGGAAAUAUUGGAUCUAUCACGCAAUCUCUUUUCCACAAUAGAUUUUUACAAACUCAGUGGAACCCUAAAUCUACGACAAUUAAAUCUCAAAGAAAAUAAAAUCACAUCACUGACCGGCUUUAAUGCUGUCAAUCUAACCCAACUUGAUACCGUCGAUUUAAGUGGCAAUCAUUUACUUUCCCUGCCAGCAAAUUUUCUACGGAAUUCCAUUAAUCUACAAAAAGUUGACUUGUCCAGUAAUCGUUUUCUGCAAAUACCCAGUUCCGCCUUAUCGGAUAUAUCAUUGCCCCGUCUAUCCUGGCUUAACCUCACCGGGAAUCCCAUCAACACUAUUUAUACCGUAAUUGAAGAAAGAUAUCCCUAUCUCAAGGAACUCUAUAUAUGUCAAACAAAUCUCUCAAUACUCACCUCCUAUGACUUUAAGGCCUUCAAGGCCCUACAACAUUUACAUCUGGUUAACAACCGCAUAACAAGAAUUUCUCCUGGGGCUUUUACAAAUCUCACGAAUUUACUUACUCUCGAUAUAAGUAUUAAUGAAUUGGAAUUGUUACCCAUAGAACGUUUAAAGGGUCUGAAUAAUUUACGUGUGCUGAAUAUUUCUCACAAUAUUUUACGCGAAUUGGAUGAAUUUUCAUCGGAUUUGGUACAGCUACAAGUUUGUGAUUUAUCUUUCAAUCAAUUGGAUCGCAUUUCGAGAUUUACAUUUACACACUUGCAUAAUUUGGUGGAGUUGUAUUUGAUGGGAAAUCGUAUGACCGUAUUGUCGGUGGAUGCUUUUCGUUAUUUACGCAAACUGCAUAUUUUGGAUUUGAGAAAGAAUUAUUUUGAAUUGGUACCAAUUGAGGCGUUGAAACCCCUAGAGGCGAACAUUAAGACAUUGAGAUUGGAAGAAAAUCCACUGCAAUGCAGUUGUGAUGCCCAAAAACUCUGGGAAUGGUUACGUGAUCAUCGCAAAUGGUCUUCAUCCACUACGGGCGAUAACAUUAAUUAUCUAAGGUGCGAACAUCCGGCUGAGUUGCGUGGCAAGAUAUUUGCCAAAAUGGAGCCGCAACAAUUCUGUGAUGCACCAUUAAUUCCCAAAAUUGCCAUACAGGAUAUACAGCCAUAUUCGGUUAUUGUAUCCUGGCAGAGCCGUGAGCAUUUAGGAUUAAACGGCUAUGAAAUUGUAUAUCAUGCCAUUGUUGGUGAUGGUAAAGACUAUUAGGAGAUACGCGGCAAACGACUAAAUGGUUCGGCACAUUCAGCAAAAUUAACAAAACUUAGCCCAAAUACACGUUACCAUAUUUGUGUUAUCGGUACCGGUAAUUGGCUAUCGGAGCCUGUAGCGACUGCCUUACAAAGGAUACAUGUUAACGAUAGCUUCCUUAUGGCGCCACGUGAUGAACCAAACGCAUCAAUGUAUCCAUUUGCUUCCGCAUCUUCCACCUCCUACUCGUCGUCCUCAGCACCGUCUUCGUCUCCUUCAUAUUCCGUGUCAGAUGGAUCAGGCGGCUAUACACCGUAUCAUUUAUCGUAUACUGGAGGCUUGUUUAAUACAAAUAGCAUGACCUUUGGCGAACAUCCAUCGCUGGCCCAACCGCAACAGCAGCAGGCCUUAAUCGAAAACACCGUGGCCACCGACAAUGCCCUACAAGAAGUUCUCAAAAAUUCACGUUUUUCCACCUGCACCGAUGUUCAGACACUCGAUUCGACGCCCAGUGUUAUCACCGAUGAAAAUGGCUUAGCCACUAAUGGCUUCAUUCAUUCCAUACUUACACGCCGUCUUGGUCUUAUUGUGGGUUGUUGCAUGGGUAUUAUUGUUUUCAUCGUUAUGAUAUCCGUGCUGAGCUAUGUAAAGCUGAAGAAACAACGCAUCGAGAAUGCCAAACGACAGGCCGCCCUGCCACCCGACUACAUGUCCUAUCGUCAUUUCUCAAUACCUAAUGAAGAGCUACUGAGGACCGGUGCGGCUGGUACGGUCAUGUCAAGUGUGCCGAGUGGCAUUAGUGCUCACAUCAGUGGCACCAGUUUGAGUACGAGUGCAACUACAACGGCCACGGCCACAACACCUCUUGGAAUUUUGAAAGUAACUGAAAGUCUGAAUAGUAGUAUGGGCGGGGGUGGAGGAGGUGCUGCGACAACAGCAACGUCUACCGGUAAUGCGGUUAUGACUGGAGGCAAUGGAACUUUAAUUUCAGUCUCUCAGUCGGAGAAUGGUUCAGUGGCGGCGGCAGCAGCGGCGACAGUAGCAACGUCGUCUGCGACCGGAACAAAUAACCAUCAUCACAUGCCGACGCAUCAUCACAAUCACCAUAAUCAUCAGCUUACUUCCCAACAGCAGCACCAGUCGCAGCAUCAACAUUAUCAGCAAGGAAAUGGCAAUGUCGUUGGCUAUAUGGCAGCCGGAGUCGUGCUAGGUGCAAAUCAUUUAAAUAACGUCGCCUGUUAG